ACCGGGCAAGUGAAGGGGAGAAGUUGUGCCGAGGUCGAUAACAAAGUGUCAGUAGUCAGAGUCAACCCGUGGAGGAUUAGACCGAGCGAGCGAAAUGAGCCACCCGAGGAUCGUGACCCUAUUGGCCCUGACGGUUUUUUUGCUCACCGUCGAAGGAACUACUCUUUUGGGUGCACCACCCUGUCCCGAUCCGUACGGGGUGCACGCGUACCCCCACCCUGAGAGCUGCAACGCUUACUUCCUCUGCACAAAUGGCACCCUGACCCUCGAAUACUGCGAGAACGGACUACUCUUCGACGGCCACGGAGCUGUCUACCAACAUUGCAACUACAAUUGGGCCGUUAAAUGCGGUGAUCGCAAGGCUGACUUCGCUCCACUCAGUACCCCCGGUUGCGAAUACCAAUUUGGCCUGUACCCCAUCAGCGACACAUGCAGUACAACUUACAUCAAAUGCGUCCACGGUCAUCCACAAGAAGUACAUUGCGAUGCUGGAUUAGUUUACGAGGCAAAGAGCCACAAUUGCAUCUGGCCUGAUCAAUUAUUACCCUACUGUAACCCGGAGGAAAUAGUCGGAUUCAAAUGCCCUCACAAAGUGCCUUCCCAUAGCGCGGCUGCCAAAUUCUGGCCCUAUCCCAGAUUCCCAGUACCUGGAGAUUGUGGAAGAUUGAUCACCUGUGUCGAUGGUCAUCCACGACUGCUUACUUGCGGAGACGGCAAACUUUUCGACUCUGUCACCUUGAGCUGUAUGGAACCUGAUGAAUUACCUCACUGUGCCAAUAGCCUCUAAAUUGAUGAUCCUAAAUUGCAUUCAGAAGAAUUCAUCAAUCUCUGAAGAAUUUUCAAACUUUCUUAAAACGGACGUUUUCUUCUAUUCUGACCGAAUUAUCUACGAGGAACAGUAAAAAGAGAAUUAUAAGAAAUUGACAAAAAUGUGCAACUUUUAGUCUUUGGUUUAGAGUAUAGAUAGAUUUAUGUUAUUAUUACAAACUAUUCUAUUUCCUAUUUCCAUCUGAACUAUGAAACUUAGUUACCAUCCUAUGUACAACGAGUAUUCGAAUAAAAAUU